UUGUAAUAUUUUUUGCUGGAUGCUCAUUGGUAACUUUGGUCAAUCUCAAACCACUGUUCCUAUUCAGCCUGCCGGUAGACUGACUUCACCGGCUUAUACCUUUGGUCCAGUAAUUCCAGUUGGUCGACUUGCUCAGGCUUCCAAUGCUCCAGUUGGACCAUCAUCUAAUAGUUCUACAAACCAAGCCUGUCAAUAUCGACCAUCUUCUAAUAGAUCUGCAUACAAAACCCCUCCAAUUCGACCAUCUCGUACACCACAGUCCCAGACUGAUUUGUCAGACCUGCAUGCUCUUGCACAAGGGACUAAAAAUUUUCCAACCAAUCGCAUAAAGCAAGAUUUCAACGAACCUCCUCAACGAAGUGGAACAGAGUGUUUCUUUUGCAAGAGGGAUCUUUCAUUCACACCAGAAGCCGAUUGCCCCAUUUCCCAGCCAAGUAUUCCUCCAUCUGUUGCAGUUUUGCCAUGUGGCCACUACUUCCACAUUCGCUGCCUAAAGAUUCACUCCUCCAGAGAAGUCUACAGAUCCUCCUUGCUUUCUUUGUGACCUUGAUGAGAAUGCAUCCUGAAGACCAAUCUUUUCUCAGGUUUUUCUCUUCCAUUUUUUAUCUCUAAUCUUAGUAGCAUCAGUCAGAAUAUAGGAGGGAAUCGGAAAUGAAUAUUUUUUCAUAGAAUAUAGCAUCAGUCAGGAUUGAAGUAGAUAAAGGUUGAAUAUCACUGUACAUAGCAAGUCAGUCUGAUUCAUAUGAUGAAUAGGCUUCAAAGCAGAGUUAGAAAAUUAGCAAGUGUAUAUAAUAGUUUACACAUUUUGAAGCGGGAUUUAACCAUUUCAUUCAAAUUCAGAAAUUUAUAUCAGAUUUCUUUACUAUGUAUUGGCUUACACAGAUUUAAAUGUGUUUAUAAUGUUUGAUUUCUCUUAAAUAUUUAAAUAUGUUUUGGGUGAAAGAUGUUUACGCGAAACCAAUUGUAAAUC